AUGCCAUACCCCGCAUUCGGCAAUCAAAAUUCAUACCCCAACAUUACAUUGGACGAUAUAACCGAUGUUAACAAUCUCGGUAAGACUGGUUAUCCUGGUAUGGUCGGUCAACGAGCUUUUGAUCCGGAUUCAGCAUUUUGCCGUUUCUCCAACUCUCGAAAACGAACAAUCUCGGAAUGUGAAGGUUGUUCGAACACGGGAUCGGAACUCUGGAAAAUCGCAGAAACGGGAAGACUUACAAUCGCCAUGACUCUCUCAGCAGACAUGGAAAAUGCCGGCCCGGCCGUGGAUUCCAUGCCAAAUGGAUUUGACAGCAUAAUCAAAAGUACAAAAAUAACAGACGACUGUUCCAAAGUGGGUCUAGAUUAUCAUAUAAACGGCACUGUCACGAGCAAUGCGGACAUCUCAAGUCCGCCAACCACUUCCAAAAUACCUCGUCUCCACAUCUCGAAAGACUAUACAGUGACAGAGGAACCCAUUGGAACCAUUCGACCAGCCAGGAUUAUAUGUAUCGGUGCUGGUGCGAGUGGGGUGAACAUGGCGUACCAGGUACAGCAAUACGUGCGGAAGGCUGAACUCGUUAUAUACGAGAAAAAUGACGGGAUAGGAGGAACGUGGUAUGAGAAUCGAUAUCCUGGGUGUAAAUGUGACAUCCCAUCGCACAACUAUCAGUUCUCAUGGGAACCAAACCCAAAUUGGAGCGAAAUGUUUUCGCCGUCUGAUGAAAUUCGCGAAUAUCUCGAACACUGUGUUCAGAAAUAUGAUUUGGCGAAACACAUCCAUCUCAAUCACAAAGUAAUCGGAGCCACGUGGGACGAAAUGAACUGUAUAUGGAAUGUGCAGAUUGAGGACACAAGAAAGCAAGGAAUCUUCUCCGACUGGUGCCAUUUCCUCGUCAACGCCGGUGGAAUUUUGAACGAUUGGAGAUGGCCAGAUAUUCCUGGCCUACACGACUUCCAAGGGAAAUUGGUCCAUAGCGCCAACUGGCCGAGAGAUUGGGAUUACAAAGACCUCAGGGUGGCGGUCAUCGGGAACGGUUCGACUGGCAUCCAAAUCGUUCCUGCUAUCCAGCCACAUGUCCGGGAACUCAUGCACAUUAUUCGGUCGCCCACGUGGGUGACUCCGGGCGCGGCAUCUCGAUAUCCAUCUCUCCGGGGUGGCGCAAUGCCAGACAGGUUCAGCGAAAAACAGAAGGAGCACUUCCGCGACGACCCAGCUUCAUAUCUUGCUUUUCGAAAACAAGUGGAGCGAGAAAUCAACUCCAAGUUCCAAAUGCUCGUGAAUGGCAGUGAACGAGCAGAUGAAGUUCGACGAAUGGCACAUCAAAGUAUGGUCCAGCUUCUUGGGCCCGAAGGCGCCAAAUUUGCCGACAAAAUCAUCCCAGACUUCCCGGUCGGAUGCAGGCGCAUAACGCCCGGAGUCGGGUAUCUUGAGAGCUUCACCAGAGAGAACGUUCGGAUCAUUACAGACGUCAGAAUCGAGAGGGCCAACAAGACCGGCCUGGUGCUAUCGACCGGCGAGCAUCUUGAAUUAGAUGCCAUCAUCUGUGCGACUGGAUUCGACGUCUCUUUCACACCUCGUUUUCCCAUCCACGGUCGGGAUAACAUCAGCUUGAAGGACGUCUGGUCCGAACCUAACAUCCCCUACGCGUAUCUUUCGAUGGCUGUGCCAAAGUUCCCUAACUAUUUUAUCUUCCUCGGACCUAACGCCCCCAUCUCGCACGGCAGCGUUUUUACCAUUACAGAACAAUGUUCCAAAUAUGUAAUGCAGCUAAUCACCAAGGCACAGACCGAGAGGAUCAAAGCAUACGAAGUGAAACAAGCAGCCUGCGACGACUUCCUUACGCAUAUCCAGCACUUCAUGCCCCGGACAGCCUGGGCCGCGACAUGCAGAUCAUGGUUCAAGAACGGCAAAGUCAACGGACCCGUCCUGGCCAUUCACCCCGGAAGCCGUAUUCACUGGUUCCAUGCCCUUGAACGACCAAAAUUCGAGGAUUACGAGUACACAUAUGAAACGAACAAUAGGUUUCAGUACCUGGGAAAUGGCUUUUCUACUCGUGAACUAGAAGAGGAUGGUGAUGACACGUGGUUUCUUGAACACCCUGAAGCGAAGUUUCUGUAUUAUUGA